AGGUGUGCUGCUGGCUGUGUUCUCCAUGUCCAUGUCCACCUCAGUGGUGGUGCGUGAGGGUCAGUCGGUCCAGAUGAACUGUUCCCAUAGCGUGAGUGUGGAUGGGUUUAACUCAUUCAUCUGGCUAAAGCAACCCAGCCGGUCACGUCCAGUAUGUAUCCUGACCAUAAACUACUACCAAGGGUCCGACCGACUGAAAACAGAAUCCAUGAAGCCCUCUGCACGCUAUCAUAAUGGCUAUAGUGACGCUAACGCUAGCUGGACUCUGAAUGCACUGGCCUCCAUGUCUGCGUUAGAGAUCAGGAAUGUGAGUGUGUCUGACUCUGGACUUUACUACUGUGGGAAGAGUGAAGACGGAUGCAUGGACUUCCACAAUGUCACCUACUUAACAGUCACAGGGCAGUUCUGCAGCUGGGAGUGUGGAACUGUGGUUUUAGUCCUGGGGGUUCUAAGUGCUGUUCUCAGUCUAGUACUGGUCAUCCUGAUCCUGACCAAGUGCAGAGGUGUACAGAACUCAGCCUCUGGUCAUCACACAUCAGCUCCACCUGACCAGAUGCAGCAUUCAGACUCUCUGAACUAUGCAGCUCUGAGUGUCUCUGCCAACAAGAAGAGAAGAAGCAACUUACAGACUGACCACUCACAUGUGUUAUACGCAGCCACUAGAUAAAUGCUGAGUCACGUGUGUUAUACGCAGCCACUAGAUAAAUGCUGAGUCAUGUGUGUUAUAUGCGACCACAUGACUCAGCAUUUAUCUAGUGGCUGCAUAUAACACACGACUCAGCAUUCAUUCUAGCAUUUAUACUGGAAUUGUAAUUUGAAAAAUACAUGUGUUUUUGAUGUAUUAAUAUAUUUUACUGACUGAGGUGUGAUUGGGGCAAAAUUUCUGAGCACUGUGUUUGUGUUUGUUUGAGAGAAAACCUCUAAUGUCAUAAUUCAGCUUCAAGAAUAUUACAACAUACAUUGUAAACUGUCAUCUUGUGUAUUCUUUAAUUAAAAUAACUAAAGCCAGAACUUAAAGGGACA